AUGCAAGAUUUAAAAUACGAAAAUGAGGAGCUGAAAUAAUAAUUAAAAUAAUUGCAAAUAACAUAUAAUUCAUUAAGAUAAGAACUUGAAGUAUAUAGAGUUAACAUUUAACAAUAUGAUAAAGAAAAAUAGUAAUUAAUGGAAGAAAAGAACAAAUUAGAAAAAUAAAGUAAUUAAGAAAAACAUAAUGAUUUUGAAAAGAAAAUUAAAUCUAUCAUAGAAAGAUUGCCAUGUCAGAUAUAAAUGAAAAGUCUAAGGCAAAUUUCAAAUUCUACAAUCCAAAAGGCAAAGGGUGUUAUAAAAGAUAUAGCUUAAGAAUAUAAAAAUGCAUACAAAUAGGAUUAUCAUAAAAUCUAAAGUGGCAACUAUUAAUCUUUAUUUGAGUCCUUUUAUAUAAUUGGAGUUAAGAAUGAAAAGCUUGAUUAAAAUAAAGUUGAUAAAUUGAAGCCCAAAUUUUUAUACAAAUAAUAUAAAAAUGAUAUAAAUGCAGAAGAAAGAAAUAAUUUAAAGUCUGUUGAGUCUGACAUUAAAGAAAUUUUUGAAAGUAAUUUUCUAUAAGUUGAAAAAUUGGAUAAUGAUUAGAGAAUUAAAGAGAAAAUUUUUGAGUAUUCAUUUAUUUUAUAUGUAGAUUUCUUUGUUAAAUAAAUGAAUAAGAUUUGAUGAAUAAUUUCUUUUUUAUGAAUUUGAGGGGUGCUGAAAAUGUAUUUGAUAAUUUUGUUCCAAAAAAUAUGAAAUUAAUAACAGAAGUUAAUAACCAAAAAUAAUUAUUUAUGUUUGUAUUAGGUGUUGACGAUUUUAUGACUAGUUUUAUAGAAGGUCGAUUUAAAUUUUGGAAAAUUAAGAAAUAUUAUUGUAUUUUGACAUAUUUCCCAAUUUUUGAGAUAUUUGAAAAGGUUUUAUAAUUUGUUGGCAGUAUUUUUAUAUUUAUUAUAUAUUAGAUAUCAUUCAAACUAAAAGAAUCAAUUUAUAUAACUAAUUUUAAUAAUAAGAAAAUUAAUAUAGAUUAGAAAUAUAAUUUAAGCAAAAAAUAUAUUAAGAUAUCGAUUCUUUAAAUAUAAUUCAUGUAUUUUAAUUAUUUAAUCUAUUAGACAGCUAAAGAAUAAAUCUCAAGUUAUUUAUCAGAAUUAUCUAAACAAUAACUCAAUUAUGAUUAAACAAAGUUAGAUUUUCAUUUUCAAAGUAAUUUACUAAUCAAAAAAGAUGAAAAACUUCAAUAAAAUCUUACAUACAUAGUUACUAAUGAAAUAAGAAUAACAAAUAUGCUUAAAGCUACACAUUUAGUGAUGUAGAUUUUUUGCAAUUAAUAGCUUGGGUUUUUUAAUAUAUUAGCAGAAGUUCUAAAGGAAGGAUAAAUUAUAUUUUGUGGCCAAAAUAAAAGCAUUUUAGUCUAAGUUUGCUACUUCUUUCAUUAAAUAAUUUACCCAUUUAUUUAUAUCGAACCUGCUGUGUACUAUACCUCAAUAGAUGUAGUAGAUUAAUUGUUAAAAUAAGAAAUGUCUUUUAUUGUUGGAAUAAAUAAUAGUUAUAAUUAAUUGAUAUAGGAUUUAAAAGGAAAAAAUUAAGAAUACCUUUAAUAUAACACUAUAACAAUUGUCGAAUUGUGUAAUAAUAUGACAGCUAAUAUUCACUAACUUCCUCCUAGAGAUACUCAAUAAAUAAAAUAACUAUUUUCUGAUAAUCGAUUUUAAGAGAUUCUUUAAAAUUAUACACCAGCCUCAAAACUUUCAACUGAAAAAUGUUAAAAUUUGUUAUCAAUUAUUAAGAGUAAAAUAGAGAAAGAUUGUUUAUUGAAUAUUCUACCAGAUCAAAAUUAAAAUUUUGUUUUCAAUAAUUAAUUGAAUACUGAGCUUAUAAAAAAGUUUAUGAAUGACAAUCUUAGUGGCAAUAACAAUAGAGCUUUUAUCAUGCAAUAUAUUUUUUAUUGCAUAUAUUUUUAAACAUAUUUGAAAGAUAAGUACAAAUGUAGCUUUGAUUGA